AUGAAAAUUUUUAUUAGUCUGAUUACAACAUAGACUAUUUCAACAAUUAUAGCAUUCACGGAGUUUGAAGAACCAAAAGAAAUUAUCGCAUUAGCUUUAGAGCUCGCUGGCAUUGCGGCGUUGUUUUUGCUUAAUAAAUUUAAUCUUCCAGAGCUUUUAUAAAGGGCCAUGCUGUUGGGUUAAGCUAUCUUGAUUUUUGUUCUGAUGCCGAAUUCACAAUAUAAAUAUUUUACAGGGGCGUAUCACAUAAUAGUUCGUUUAAAAGCUUACACACAAGUUUCCCGACUAUUAUUGUUAGAAUGGUCAGUUUUACUUCUCAUCGUAUUUAUAUUUGGAACCGAGAUUGAAAUACAUUAAAUUUUUCGUAGCAUAUUUGCUUUUCUUGGUUUAUUAAUAAUCCAAGGUUUUGAACUUUAAGCCUGGCUUGAAAAAUACCAAAAGAAGCCAGAAAUCAUGAUUCACUCAAAAAUUUUAUACACAGGGUAUGAUUCGAACCCUAGAAGCCUAACUGAAAGAAUAACAGAUCCCAAUUUCUCAAUAUUAUACUUGGAUGAUCAAUUUAAUGCAAUAGGAUCUGAGAAAUCAAGCUCGAUUCUUAACAAUUUAGAAAACGGUUUGAAAUCUAUUUUGCAUGAUUUAAUUGUCCAUAAAAUAGACUCUUAAUCCAAAUCCAUACUCCAGUGGAAGAGUUCAGGGUGUUCUUUGCAAGAUUUGUUAGAUUAAGUUAGAGCAAACAGAAUCCCAAUGAUAAUUAGAAUUCUGGAUUACAGUCAUCCAUAGCUCAAUAGUCACUUCAUAAAGAUAAUUUAUUAGCGUGAAUUCUAAAUAUAAUUUUUGGAAUUAGAGGAACGAGAUAGGUACUAAAAAUAGAAAUAUGUCUUCGCAAUUUUGAAAUAACUGCUAAGCACUAUGUCUCAUGAAUUCGGAACUUCCCUGAAUUACUUGCUGGCCAUAGCAUAAGUGGCCAUAGAAAAAUACUCUGAUUCUGAUCUACUUUCUUAUUUCAUGCCCAUUAAAUCUAUGGGACUGAUAAUGCAUAAUUUCGUAUUAGAUAUGGUUGAUUACAAUAAUAUCAAAGGCAAGAAACUCGAAUUGCAAUUAGAAAAAAUAGAUAUUAGUUAAUUGUUGGAAGAAGUUAUUAGCAUCUUUUUCCAUACUCUAUAAUAGAAGGGACUCAAAAUCACCUACGAAAUCUUCUUAGUUGAAAAAUCCAUCUUAACUGAUGGCAGAAGACUCAAAUAAAUAUUAGUAACUCUGAUUCAGAAUGCUUAAAAAUUUACAUUCUCAGGAGGUAUAAAAAUAAUCGUAAAAUCAAUUGACUAAAAUAAAUAUGUGUAAUUUGAAAUAUCAGACACUGGUAUAGGAAUGACUAAAAAUGAAAUAGAAGGUCUCACUGAAAUGCUUAAAUAUGAUUAUAAAAAAGAGAAGAAGAUCUCUACCAAUACGGCUGGUUUCGGAUUGGGCAGUUUCUUAUGUAAUAAAAUAGCCAUGAGCUUAAGCAAUCUGAAAUACGAAGAAGGAGGCGGAAUUAGAUAUUAUAGUAGUCAAGAGAUUAAGGGGACAAAAGUAGUUUUUAAGAUUAUUAAUGAAUCAUUCAAUCUCACUUAUACUCUUACCGCUCCUUAAGAUAAUUCGAGUGGAAUAAUAAAAGUAGGAAGAAAUGCUGUUUUUGAUGUCAAGCAAUCUUAGAUUGAAUUUGGUUUAAAUGCUAUUAAAAAUCUAAUUACUCACAAGUUUAGCACAAUAAUGGUUCCAAAGGUGAACAGUUUUCAUGAUGAUCAUGUGAAAGGACAUUUUAUGAAGAGACUCACAACUAAGGAUAAAUUGGGAAGUCUUUUUAAAAUAUAAAUGCAACAUACUAAGAAGGAUUAAGACAGUAUUAAUGAGGAAACUAACGAAGGAGACUAUUAAAGAAGACUGCAAUUUUAAAAUAUCAGACUUCCUUGUUUUCCACAAUAAAAUCAAUCCAGCAAACAAAAUUCUUAUGAUGAAAUUGAUAAUGUUAUUGUUAAUUGCAAUUGCAAAUAAAUCCUCAUUGUUGAUGAUGAGAUGAUCAACAUCCUUGGGUUGCAACUUAUGUUAAAGUCAUUCAAUUUAGAAUCGGAUUCCUCUUACAAUGGCCAAGAGGCACUUAUAAAAUUGGAGUAAGCCCAUUGUUUAUAUGAUUUUAUCUUUAUGGACAUCAAUAUGCCAAUAAUGGAUGGAUUUGCUACUACAAAAGCGAUAAUUGAGAAAUAUAAAAAUGAUGCUCCAAUUAUUAUUGCUUGCACAGCCUUCACUGAUAGUGAAACAAAAUAAUAUUGUUAUGAAAUAGGCAUGUCUCAUUAUAUCAGUAAGCCUGUCAAUAAAAAUGAAUUACAAAAACUUCUAAGCUAUCUUAUUAAUUGA